UUAGCCGAUUUCGUGAAAAAGGCUUGGUACAACGAAAAGAAACCAGCACAUAUGGGAACCAGGCCUUCAGUUGGUCAAAUUCGCAUCCAACUGUUCAGGAUCGGUUUAAAUCUAAGCGACCGGCAAGUGAUUAAUCCAUUUCUGGUGUUUAGGGUUUGGUUACGGGGAGAGAUGGGAGGAGGCCAUGGAGGGAGUACAACUUACAAGGGUCUAACUUUGCAUCAUCCAAAGCGAUGGCAUGUUGUCACCGGAAAAGGCUUGUGUGCCGUUAUGUGGUUUUGGGUCUUGUACAGGGCUAAGCAAGAUGGUCCUGUUGUAUUGGGUUGGCGACACCCUUGGGAGGGCCAUGAUGGUCAUUCUCACGGUCAUGGAGAUAAGCAUUAGUGACUCCCGGAUUGUGUUUAGGCGCAGGAAGAUUAUCUGAUUACAGGUUUGCUGUUGCAGAUGUUGUUCCACAAAUGGCUUUUGUUAAUUUCUUCGGUUUCAAUAAAGUGAUUGUGAAGGAAAAGAUUGUAAGCAUAAUGAGAUGAAAUAUGAAACUCCAUUUCAACAUGAUUGUUUUUGCUGUUUUUAAGCAUGGAUUUUUCUGAAUGAAUGUGUUGUUUGUGCA